AUUAUGGAGUAAAAAUAUAAUCCUGUAACAAAGCAACAAGACUGGGACAUCUAGAAGAACAGAUUCCGCACAGACUCAUUCUUUGCAGGAUACAUGCCACCUGACUCAAAAAGAUGUGUAUCACUUCCUUGCUGGAGAUCAACAUGCAGCCUGAAGUAAACUUAACAGUCCGUGAUGAUAUCAGCACCAAUAUGUACCAGCCACUCCCAUAUACUCUUAGCUUCCAGAUUUCUCUAACUUGCUUCCUCAUGUUGGAAAUCGUUUUGGGUCUUGGGAGUAAUCUUACAGUUCUUGUACUUUACUGUAUGAAAUCCAACUUAAUCAAUUCAGUCAGCAACAUUGUCACCAUGAAUCUUCAUGUCCUUGAUGUAAUUAUAUGUGUAGGCUGCAUUCCUUUAACAAUCGUCAUACUUCUUUUACCAAUUGAGAGCAACAAUGCUCUAAUCUGCUGCUUCCAUGAAGCUUGUGUCUCCUUUUCUAGCGUUGCCACUGCUGUCAAUGUGUUUGCCAUCACUCUGGACCGCUAUGAUAUAUCUGUGAAACCAGCAAGUCGCAUCCUUACUAUGGGUCGAGCUGUAAUACUAAUGACAACAACCUGGAUAGUUUCUUUUGUUGCUUUCUUAAUUCCCUUCAUUGAGGUCAGCUUUUUCAGUGUUCAGAGUGAGAGCAAAUGGGAAAACAAGACACUUUUGUGUGUUAGCAGAAACGAAUACCACACUGAACUUGGUAUGUAUUACCACCUUCUGGUUCAGAUUCCAAUAUUUUUCUUCACAAUAAUUGUGAUGCUGAUCACAUACACCAAGAUUCUUCAAGCUCUUAACAUUCGUAUAGGCACAAGGUUUUCUACAGUGCAAAAGAAAAAAGCAAGGAAAAAGAAAACAAUUUCACUAGCUACUCAACAUGAGACAACAGAUGUCUCUCAAAGCAGCGGCGGUAGGAAUGUGGUACUUGGCGUAAGGACUUCAGUGUCUGUCAUUAUUGCCCUGCGUCGAGCAGUCAAAAGGCACAGAGAGAGAAGGGAAAGACAGAAAAGAGUUUUUAGAAUGUCAUUACUGAUCAUUUCAACCUUCCUGUUUUGUUGGACACCAAUUUCCAUUUUGAAUACAACAAUUUUAUGUCUUGGGCCAAGUGACCUAUUGGUAAAACUAAGGUUGUCCUUUUUAGUUAUGGCUUAUGGAACCACUAUAUUUCAUCCAUUACUGUAUGCAUUUACCAGGCAAAAAUUUCAAAAGGUACUGAAAAGUAAAAUGAAAAAAAGAGUCGUUUCCAUAGUGGAAGCUGAUCCAAUGCCAAAUAAUGCUGUAAUACACAAUUCUUGGAUUGAACCCAAAAGGAAUAAAAAGAUAACAUUUGAGGACAAGGAAGCCAGUCAGAAAUGUUUAGCUACUCAGGUUGUUACAGAUUAAGUUGUUACUCGUGUUCUCACUGUUAUUCCUCCAUUUCUUUUUAUACAAA